CCAUUCGUGCGAGCUUUUUAAUCGCGGCUAAACGACUUAACGUCCUUCUCAAAAGCUACGUGAUCACCGAAGCUCUUGGUCACUACAAUAUGAAUGACAUUGCUUGCAUUAAAACGCGAGGUAAUUUUCAAAUGCUUAUUUUUUAUAAGAGCUUUCGAAUAGGUCAAUUAAAGUGUAAUGUCACAUAAAUUUCGCACAUUAAUUGGACCUUCCUGAAUGACGUACGAAGAGAAACAUCAUUAAUUAUGAAUACGUCACAAAUACGAAAGGUUCAAACAAGUUUUGGUGAAAAAGGUCGAGAUAAUUUUACUAAUAUAUUACACGUAUGAACGGAUGUUUGGGGAUCAUUUUAAGAUUGUUUUUCUGCGGCAUCGCUUGUGUUAAGUUUAACUGAAUUUUGCUUGGUAAUUUUAAGUUUUAAGGUUCAAUGUUUUAAGUGUUAUUUUCAAUUGACAUCUCUGUGAUUGGUGCCGGCGUUUUGGUUUUAAUUAAUUUGGGGGACUUCUGACAUCAAAAUGGUGAUCGGAGCCAAAAUAACGCUACAGAACAUGCCAAGCAAAGGGCAUGUGUCUCUCCUCAGGUUACAGAGUUUCACAGUGGAGAAACGACACUCAUUAAUAAAGCUGUCGUAUGGAUCACUUCUGAUUUUGACUGCAAUUGUUUUGGUGGCCAUCAAUCCGAUUCAGUUGAUCUCUGACGGGUUGUUGGUGAUGAAAGAAGGUUCGUUUCUUUACACGAUGUGGGAGGCGCCACCGUACCAGGUCUACUCCGAGAUCCACCUCUUCAACUACACAAACGUCGAGGAGUACAUUAGCGGAGCUGCUGAUAAGUUGAAGGUGCAAGAAGUCGGACCUUUUAGAUUUCUAGAAAUCAGAACAAACGAAAACAUAACAGUCGAUGAGGGUAGAGGAGUGAUGACCAUGAAGCCGAAAUUGGCUUUGAAGUUCCUCAGAGACCAGUCCGUGGGUGACCUGGAGAACAUCACUAUUGUUGCACCGAAUAUCGCACUACUGGCCUUAAGUACGUUGGCGGCCGACAAAUUGCCGUACUGGAGCAACGCUGGAGCUUACUACUCUAUAAAAGCCCUGGGAGUUAAUUUGUUCAGGAAUUUGACGGCCAAUGAAAUCCUCUGGGGGUAUUACGACCCGCUGGUCUCCAUAGCCAACACAUUACUGCCUGGCUGGAUUGAUUUUUCUAAGCUUGGGAUAUUAGAUCGGUUUUACGCGGAGCGUGACGACCUAGUUGAAGUUGAGUUAGGUGACGCAAGUCGGAAAUACUCCAUCAACAGCUGGAACGGAUCUCCUGGAUUAUUAGAACAGGGCUUCACGGACUUGAAUACCAGCUCACAAUGUAACACAAUCCAAGGUACUUAUGAAGGUUUGAUGAUAACUCCGAAUCAUCCCACGAAUAAGGAUAUCCCGGUUUUCAGAAAGCAAGGGUGCAGGAUCUUCCCUUUUUCAUUCCACAGCGAGUCUUCUGCUGAAUACGGAUUUAAUGUUAGAAGAUACGAAUUAAAGGAUACAGCCUUCAACAGGUCGUCACCCUACGUCUGCAAAUGCAAGUACAAUUGUCUACCCGAUGGCUUCGUGGAUGUUAGCCGAUGUUAUUAUGGCUUUCCAAUAGCGUUAUCCAAGGCGCAUCUAUUAGACGUUGAUCCUGCGAUACAGUCCCAUUUCGAAGGCAUGAAGCCGGAUCCAGCGAAACAUUCAUCAUUCAUACACAUAGAGCCUACUAUAGGAGCUCCUUUGGCUGUAAGAACGACGCUCCAAGUGAACAUAGCUGUGAGGAUGUCAGAAGGGAAUCCAAUCACGAAACCUCUCCAAGAUAAAGUGAUGCCGCUGAUGUUGCUCUCCUUGUCCUGCGAAACCCCUCCGCCGAGCAUCAUCAAAUUGUUGCGACUCAAGUUCGUCAUAGGACCAGCCCUGCUCAUCACGUUUAUCGUCUUCCUCUUUGCAGCCGGAGUAGCUACCGGUAUUUGGGGAUUUUACCGCAUCUUCAAACCCAAAUACAAGCUGCUCACUCAGGAAUUCAACAGAAAAACUAUAGAGAAAAAAAUCAGUAUGGAAAGGAGAAAGAGCAUUGAGAGAAGGCGAAAAAGUUUUGAAAGGAGAAAGAGUUCAAUGUUAAAUGUCGUGGAGAAUUUAGGACUGGUUAAGGUUAAGGAGGAUCUGGCUAAAGAGGCCGUCUCUUUGUUAGGUAUGAGCGAUAAUGAUGAUUUGGUGUAGGUCGUUGAGUGAUGGAAAAUGACGGGUUCAAAAUUCAUGAUGAUCUAACUAAAGAAGGAGUUUCGCUGUUGGAUGAAAGUAAACCUAUAAUGUGACUUAGUUUUAAGUGAUUUAAAAUGUGGUAGAAUACUGUGUACAAGAUCUAUAGAGUAAUGAAUAGAGAUAAUUAUAAUAUCUGGUGCUAGGCUAUUGGACAUUUAAGUAAAUUGUUAAGAAGGGGUAGUAGACAGCUUGUAUUCGAGAAAGUUUUAGUACGUAUGUUUACGAACCAAAGUGUUAAAUAGUACCAUGUAGUUUUAUUUGAUCAUCAGCUAGAAGUUAGAUUCAGAGAAAUGUUUAUAAUUGCAAGUAUAAUUGCAAAAAUAUUUAAAUAGAUGAUACAAUAUGUGUCUUGCAUAUGAAAGAGGUGGUUAUUAUGAAACACUAGAUAUUUUUUAUCUAUAUUAGAUUAGAAUUUCAUAAUGUAACUGUUUAAUGUAUGCAAAAUUCAUAAUUAGUAUUAUAUUUACGAUCAUCUUGUGUGUGGUGGGUGAUGGGGUCAGGGAACGUACCCAUACUACGUGACCCGUUUAGGUGGGGGAGCGGAGUCUUUAAAAUACUACGGUCAGUCACAGGAGCGGGGGGGUGGCUCAGGUUUUUGCCACGUAGUCGAUUUUAGUGAGAGAAACCUCGUAUUUUUCCCAAAUGUUGUUCUUUUUUAUAAUACAUAAUUCACUAGUAAUUUAAGUGUGUAUGAAGUCUUAGGCAAUAAAGACGAGUAUGAACCAAAUUAUAUUUUUUUUAAAUUUUUGCCUGUGAAAUGAUUAAAAAUCAUAAUUAUGAAUUACUACGUGAAAACUAAAGGGGGAGAGGGGGGUCUUGGCAUAUACUACGAGUGAUCACCAAGGGGAGGGAGAGGUCGAAAAAACUAAAAAAAUAGGUCACGUAGUAUGGGUACGUUCCCUUAGUGGACUGCUUGACCAUCGGCUAAAUGCCUAACAUCUGUAUUCUAGUUACCUAUGCUAUGGCAAUCCAAGACUAUUAAACAAGUACAGUUUUCAACUAUAUCUGUUGGGUUUUUUUAAAGAGGAUUUCGAAAGAAGAAGCUUUUCCUAAACAUUUACGUAGAAGAUGUCUUUGACUUUUAACAUUUGAAACAAAUACAAAAUAAUGUACUAAAGAUGGAUAGAUGAGGAUUAAACUAAGAGGACCACUGCUGGACAUAGGUAUCCACCAAGGUUCACUAUAUCCUGCGCAUCCAGCUCAUUCCCUCGACACUCAGAAGGUCGUCAGUCCACCUUACACUGGCUAGAUACUUACGCUACAUCUUUCUGAACGCGCCAUCAGCGCUAUUCAGCAACUUUUAGGACUAACCUGCCGUGUGGUCUAUUAGCAAUGGGGACUAAUUGUCACGUCAACUUCGCAACUUCGAUCUCGGUUACUAUAGUUCUCCUGCGAAUCUUCUUAUUCCUGAUCUUAAAUCGACACGUGCGAACCGAAUUCGCAUAGGUGGUCGAACAGUAUUUCGAUCCUUUACUUUUUAGGCGACAAUCUUUUACAAUCUCUUAGUGUUUUAUAAGUAUGAUUAUGAGGAUGCGGAUGUUGCUACGCGCUGGGGUUCGGGAUAAGUAAAAGUUCCACCAAAGUACAACUUAAAACUGUGUUUAACACUUAGGACACUCACAUAACACUUUACAACUCGCAAUUCACUUCUUCCGCUUCGCUUCAGGUGAUCCGUUCGCUGUUUCGCUUCGAGCAGAUUCGAUUACUAGCUGACUUCGUGCCAUCUCUGCAACGCUUUUAUAGUCGAUACGACAUCCCUAAAUUUAUCGAGAGCAUUCUGGGCAAGUCGAGUAGCUUCGAUGUGUGUUUCCGCUAUCUGGCAAUAGAUGGAGUUGUACUUUUCGAGCGUUCUUGAUGUUAAGAGUUCCUUUGAUAUUCGUUUCUACUAUUCGGCGAUAGAUCGCGUUACUCUUACCGGUGCAACAAUAUAUUCGAUCACUAAUUUUAGAUAAAUCAUGUCCAUUAUAUACGUGUAGUAAGUAGCAGCUCGUGAAGUUAAAAAUAAUAGGUAUCCGACUUUAUGUCUUCAAUGUCAGAUAAAUAUUACCAUUAUAGUAUUUCUUGUACGUAUAAGGUGUAUAUUGUAAAUAAUAAGAUAAGAUUUGUAAAUAGUUUAAUAUUAAAUACAUGAACUUAUGUGGUUGUGAGGAUUAUAAAGAUUUUCGAUGUGA